UAAGCUGUCCGCGAGCUUUUGUGGAAACGCCAUUGACUCAAAGGGGUGGUGGGUGGGGGAGUUCAUCUUUUUCCAUGACGACGCUUCUACUUCUGUACCAGUGUACCACACCCACCCUAUCGUUCGAGACAGACCCCCAGCCCCUCCCACGGCGCGCGCAUGGCGGCAGGCAGGAUGCUGGAGCUCCUCGUCUUCUUCUCCACGGCCGGCAGCUUGCUUCUCGACUUGGCGGCGGUGCUCGUCUGUAUCCUGGCUGGUCCAUACUACCCGACGUUUAGGCUGCCCAACCAGUUGAUGUGGUGGACUUCCUUCUGCGGUGCCGUCCCGUGGGGUGCCGUGCUGCUGAUGUUACAGGUCAACUGCUGGUGUCACGGCUGGGAGGCCACCAACGUCGACCUCCUGGUCCUGAGCGCCGUGGAGUGGGUCGUCGCGUGUUCCACCUUCGGCUCAGCGUGUGCCGCCCUCGCCGUCGACCAUCUCGCCGUCCAGAACAACUAUUGCGGCCCGAGCGCCGCCGUGUGCUCAGUGUACCUUGUCGCCGCCGCGAUCUCAUGCGCCGCCGGGGCUCUCGCCGCCGCGUCGGCCUUGGGGAUGCUCUGGAUCCUCGCCUCCCGGUUCCGCCCAGUUCACGCGGCCUAGUCAGGCUCCGCUGACGUAGUGACAUGCCGCGUGUUCUUGUUAGAGCCCAGGGAAGCACUAAGCCACUAACUAGUGUCAUGGUUAGAUAUUUAGUACGUACUCCCUCUGCUUACUGAUUUCUUUCGAAUCAGUUACGUGGCUUGUAGAACUGGUGUUCAAUUACAAAAUGAAACUGGUAGGGUGAUUCCUCUUUGGUAGUCCAUGGUGUCGAAGUCGAACACAGGCAGCAAUCUCAAUGCGACGAUGGAUGACGACGGCGGUGGCGCCGAAAGCAAGCCAGAUCUUGUGACGCGCGUCUGGGGACGGCACGCUGACACUCUUGUGCGCGGUGAACAAGCCGUCGACGACGAGGUUGUGUCACGUACGCCCCCGACGCCAGGUACAACGCCGCCCGACCACGUCCUCCACCUCCAGUACGGUGCCGUCCAGCUCCCUCCAGUCCUCCUCCACAACCCGCGUGAGCGCAUCCUCGCCGGCGCUGGGAAAUAUCUCGGCCAUAGACACCGCACCGCCAUCCCGACGCGGCGAGACCGAGAGCGCGUUCACGAGCGCCGCGACGAUGACGGUGGCCUUGCAGAUCGCGUUCGUGAGGAUCGGGUAGCCGGAGCUGAGCACACCAACGACGCUGGUCGUGCACAGGAUGCCACCGUCGCGGAGGCCCGGCGCCAUGACGUACGCGUCGUGCGUGGCAGUGCUGCUCGACGGCGAGGUCGACGGCUGCGGCGAUCUGCGCCUCGUGAGAGACGUCGCGGCGGGUGUAGGCGGCGUCCGGGGCCGAGGUCUGCACGCAGCGACGGAGCGACCCAGGCCGUCCUGCACGUCGUCGACGACGACUUUGGCGCCGUUCAUGAUACUCCGCCGUCGUCGCCCUGUCGAUGCCGCUCACGGCGCCGGUGAUGGACACAACUUUACCACUCAUGUUGGCCUUUAAGCCACGGCCAGGGCGCGUCGGGUGCGCGUUCGUGCAUGCGCCAGACGUGCCGGGCGUGGUCCGGUCCGCGUCGGGUCCGUAGCGGGGUUGCGUGCGUGCG